AUGCGGAGAGAGCGGGACCUGAACACGGCAGCUCGCAUUGGCCAGUCCCUGGUGAAACAGAACAGUGUUCUGACGGAGGAGAACAGCAAGCUGGAAGCCAUGCUGGGCUCGGCCAGGGAGGAGAUUUUACAUCUCAGACACCAGCUGAGCCUGCGGGAUGACCUCCUUCAGCUUUACUCAGACUCUGAUGAUGAUGAGGAGGAGGAGGAGGAGGAAGAUGAAGAAGAGGAGGAAGAAGAAGAAGAGGAGGACGAGGAGGAGGAAGAAGAAGAGCAGGGACAUGAGUAUCCCUACGAAGCCUCAGAUCUGAAUCCUCUGACAGGGUCCGAGUCACACCACUGCCCGCAGCUGGAGGCCCUGCAGGAACAGCUGCGGCUGCUGGAGGAGGAGAAUGAACAGCUGCGAGAGGAGGUCUCUCAACUCGAUGACCUUGAGGAGGAGGGGCAGAUGUUCAUCCUGGAUCGUGUGGAGCAGUUUUCGGAAGCCAGCCAGCAGAUGGCCGAGCUGUCGGAGGUGCUGGCACUCAGGAUGGAGAACUAUGAACAGCAGCAGAGGGAGGUUGCCCAGCUGCAGGCCCAGGUCGUGAAGCUGCAGCAGUGCUGCCAGUCGUAUGGGGCUGAGGCUGAGAAAUUGCAGCAGCAGCUGGCUUCGGAGAAAGAAAUCCAGAUGCAGCUCCAGGAUGAGGCUUCCCCGCCCCCUGGGGAGAGAGUGGGCAAGACGUCUGGCCUGGGUGUGCCUGGGUCCCAGCAGAGCCUGUGGGCGGGUUCCCAGCUGCAGGACCUACGGGAGAAGUACUCCGAGUGUGGGAGCAUGCUGAUUGAGGCCCAGGAGGAGGUGAAGACCCUCCGCCAGCAAGCCCCGGCGUCCACUGGCUCUGUCACCCACUACACGUACACUGUACCUCUGGAGGCACUUCCUGAUUUCCAGGAGACCCUGGCUGAGGAGCUCAGAACGUCUAUAAGGAGGAUUAUCUCAGACCCUGUGUUUUUUAUGGAAAGGAAUUAUGAAGUGACUCCAGAGGAGACCUCAGAUCUGGGAUGUGAGCUGCACUACAGUGAGGAUCGAGGGCAGGAGUGGGGGCUCGAGGCAGAGGAGGGGCUGACGUCGGCUGAGGAUUUCGUGCCUGCGGAGGAGCUGGGGGCCACAGAAGAGGCGCUGCCAGCUGAGGAGUGGGUGACGGAAGAGGCAGAGCUGGUGUCUGAGGAGGCUGAGGCCUGGGAAGAGGUGGAGCCGGAGCUGGAUGAGGCAACGCGGAGGAAUGUGGUCACGUCAGCCCUGGAGGCCAGCGGCUUGGGCCCCUCUCACUUGGACGUGAAGUAUGUCCUCCAGCAACUGGCCAACUGGCAGGACGCCCAUUACAGGCAGCAGCUGAGGCAGAAGAUGCUCCAGAAAGCUUGCAGAUCACUCUAUGAGGUCUGCUAAUUUUAUGGUCCAAGCCGGUGCUUCUCAAACUUUGUUAAUGAAGAUUGUUAAAGUGAAGACUGAGGGACUUUCCUGGUGGCGCAGUGGUUAAGAAUCCGCCUGCCAAUGCAGGGGACACGGGUUCGAUCCCUGGUCCAGCAAGAUCCCACAUGUCCUGGAACAACUAAGCCCGUGCGCCACAACUACUGAGCCUGCGCUCUAGAGCCCACGAGCCACAACUACUGAAGCCUGCACGCCUAGAGCCGGGGCUCUGCAACAAGAGAAGCCACUGCAAUGAGAAGCCCGUGCACCGAAACGAAGAGUAGCCCCCGCUCGCUGCAACUAGAGAAAGCCUGCGCACAGCAAUGAAAACCCAGUGCAGCCAAAAAAAAAAAAAAAUUGAUUUAGUAAGUCUACUGUGGGGCUUGAAAUUCUGCACAUGUAACAAACUCCCAGGUGAUGCUGAGCAGCAGGUCUUUAGCUCUGUUUCCAUGAUGAGGCACUGGAACCUAAGUAAGACGCAAUCUCCCUGCACCUGAUUUGGUCCUGUGUUUGUUUUCUACUGUUUCACAGUAAUGGAGUGAGAAUCAAUGACUUGACACACGCAUAGAAUGACUGUCACGUUUAUGCUCCCACAUUAACAUUUUCCAACCUCUGCGUUCCCUAUGCUUCCUGUUUUCAACCAGUUGUCCAUUCUGGGUAUAAAUUAACCAUAAAGGUCUAAGAUUAAAGACAAUUUGAACCUCGCAACGAUCUGGAUGGCUGCGGCUGGAUGACGGCUGGUGAUAGUGGCUGCGCAGCGAGUGAGUUGUGUGCGGGCUUCUGAGCGCCUUGGAGUCUGGCCGCUGUGUACGUCUUCUGCUGAACACACACC